CGCUGACUCCUCCCUUGGGGAAGGAGAGUGCGCAGGGGCCGCCCCUGCCGCCGCCCGCUGGGGCCGCCGCCGUGUGAGUGGGAGCGCGCAGCCCCGAGCGGCUGCAGGGCGCCGGGCCUGAGCCGGCGGGCGUCGACACCCUGUCCCCGCGGGACGGGGCCUCCCGGGCCCGGCCCGGGCCGCCUCUCCCUACCCACCCGCCAGCGUCUCUGCCGGCAGCGACAAUGUUUUCUCUCAAGCAACCCAAACCCACCUUCAAGUCCUACCUUCUGCCGCUGCCUCAGGCUGAAGACCAUAUAACAUCAGAACCAAGGAUUAAAAAACUGGAACCAGUACUUUUGCCAGGUGAAAUUGUGGUAAAUGAAGUAAAUUUUGUAAGAAAAUGCAUUGCAACAGAUACAAGUCAGUAUGACCUGUGGGGCAAAUUGGUUUGCACUAACUUCAAGAUUUCCUUCAUCACAGAUGACCCAAUGCCACUACAGAAAUUCCAUUAUAAAAACCUCCUCCUUGGUGAACAUGAUGUUCCACUAACGUGCAUUGAGCAGAUUGUCACAGUGAAUGACACCAAGAGGAAGCAGAAGGUCCUUGGUCCCAACCAAAAACUGAAGUUUAAUCCAACUGAAUUAAUAAUUUAUUGCAAAGAUUUCCGUAUUGUCAGGUUUCGUUUUGAUGAAGCGGGUCCUGAAAGUGCAAAAAAGGUGUGCCUUGCAAUAGCUCAUUACUCUCAGCCAACUGACCUCCAGCUUCUCUUUGCAUUCGAGUAUGUUGGGGAAAUAUAUCAUAAUCCAGCAAAGAAGGUGAAUGGAAUAGACCCUGGAGGUGGUGGUGGUGGUGGCGGCAGCAUCGGCAGUGCCAGUGGUCAGCAAACACCUUUGUUUGAAACUUACUCUGAUUGGGACAGAGAAAUCAAAAGGACAGGUGCAUCAGAAUGGAGAGUUUGUUCAGUCAAUGAAGGCUAUAUGAUAUCUACUUGCCUUCCAGAGUAUUUUGUGGUUCCGUCUUCCUUAGCAGAUCAAGACCUUAAGCUAUACUCCUACUCUUUCAUUGGGAGACGAAUGCCAUUAUGGUCCUGGAAUCACCCGAAUGGGAGUGCCCUUGUAAGAAUGGCCAACAUUAAAGAUGUAUUGCAACAAAGAAGAAUCGAUCAAAGGAUUUGUAAUGCAAUAACUCGAAGUCAUCCCCUGAGAAGUGAUGUCUAUAAAUCUGAUCUGGACAAGUGUCUCCCCAACAUCCAGGAAAUCCAGGCUGCACAUAUCAAACUCAAACAGCUGUGUGUUAAUGAGCCUUUUGAAGAAACUGAAGACAAGUGGCUGUCCUCUCUGGAAAAUACUCGCUGGUUAGAGUAUAUUAGAUCGUUUCUUAAGCAUUCUGCUGAGCUUGCCUAUAUGAUGGAGUGUAAGCAUGUUUCUGUAGUUCUGCAAGAGGAAGAAGGACGGGAUCUGAGCUGUCUUGCUGCUUCUCUCAUUCAAGUCAUGCUGGAUCCCUAUUUUCGAACAAUUGUUGGCUUUCAAAGCUUAAUACAGAAGGAAUGGGUCAUGGCAGGGUAUCAGUUUUUAGACAGAUGUAACCACUUAAAGAGAUCUGACAAAGAGUCUCCUUUGUUCUUGAUGUUUCUUGACUGUGUUUGGCAGCUGCUAGAACAGUACCCAGCAGCCUUUGAAUUUUCUGAAGUGUACCUGACCGUACUGUACGACAGCGUGCGGAUCUCGCUCUUCGGCACUUUUCUUUUCAACUGCCCCCAUCAGCGAGUGAAGGAAAGCACUGAAUUUGCCAUAAGCAAAAAUAUUCAGCUGGGUGGUGAGAAAGGCCUCAGAUUUCCUUGUGUUUGGGAUUGGUCUCUUCAGUUCACAAGCAGGGAUUGCCUGCUCUUUCACAACCCCCUGUAUAUAGGAAAGAGCGCACCAUGUGUCCAGAAUGGAGCGGUGAAAACUUUCAAACGCUCGAAGAAAAACUACAGCUCCACACUGCGAGGUGUGCCCCCAGCAUUUAAAAAUGGAAUCAUCAGUGAGCAGGAGUUCCUUCCAAGAAGAAACUCUCUGAUCUUAAAACUGAAACCUGACUUUUUACAGCAAACAGAGGGUCAGAGUAAUAGUAUGGAACAGUACUUCAGAGACUGGUUUGCAAAGCCUGUUGAUUUGCACGGCAUCAUUCUACCCCGUACCUCUGGCACACAAGUGAAACUGUGGAAACUCUGCUACUUCCGCUGGGUUCCUGAAGCCCAGAUUAAUCAUGGGGGCUUCAUCACUGCUUUCCAUAAGGUGUCCUUGCUGGCAGAUGAAGUAGACAUGUUGAACCGGAAUCUUCGGCAGUACAAAUGCAACUCUUCCUUGCAAGGCAGCUGCUCAGAACUGGAUCAAAGCAGGAUGUACUUUAGAGCAAGCACUUCAAAUGACACCUCUGGAGCCCCAGACUUUCUCUCCUCCUCAUUCCCAUUUUCUCCUGUAGGGAACCUAUGUAGACGGAGCAUUCUGGGAACACCUUUAAGCAAAUUUUUAAGUGGUGCCAAAAUCUGGCUAUCCACUGAGACGCUUGCAAACGAAGACUAAGGUGGGUGAUGUGGUGGUUUAAAUGUCUGGGGAGAAUGCAGCAUAUCACUUUGUCUUUCCUAACACUGCUAACGGCGGCACUGAAUGCUCUAAGAAGUUUUAUAGACAGACGUUAUGUAAGGUUUGCACAAACACUUAGAAGCAAAGCGAGUCAUGCUUCAAGUGGCACAACCUCCUUAUCAGCAGUUUUCAUCUGCUGGGGCUUCUCAUCCCUAAUUCCUUCUCUUUUAUUAUGGUUUGGCUCAUUAUAUGCAAAAGAGCAUUUCAAUACUUAACAGAGAGGCUUGAUGCAGUUGUGAAUGGGGCGUCUGCUGGAAAUACUUUCUUUCCCAGAGAAGAACUGAAUUGAUUCCUGUGUCUAAACUUGUCAAAUCCAAGCAGUUAGGGGCAGUGGACACAGACUGACAGCUGAAAUCUGGGAACAAACUAUUUGAUCAGAUUGCCUCUUCAGGAAGAACAGGAAUAUGCAUACAUACAUACAUACUCAUGUUCUGUGACGUGAUCACCCUACCUCUCUGUAUCCAUGGAGGGGGGUGUGCUUCUUUUUCUCUCUCUUCCCAAAAUGUAUUCUUUAAUGGCUAGUCAGAUUUGUGAUCUUUGUCAUGGCCUUGACUUUAGACUGUAGGAAUCAACUUCAGGACAAUGCACUGUUAACCUUAAACAUUUACUGUAGAUAUGGUAUCCUAGUAGCUUUAGAAGUGCCUUUAAUUGAGAGGAAGCAGUAGCAAGACCAAUGCAGCUGACCCUCCUGCUUCCCAGUCCCUUACAGUACAUUAUUAUGGGAAAUUCUUCUACCAUUGUUGCCUCUCUCUUCCUGUUUCUGGAGAUAACAGGCAGCAGGGUUUUCCUCUGGAAGGUUGGGCUUGUUAGUAAGACUAUUGAGCCUCUCCAUUUUUAUAUUAAGCACCUCAAACACUCAGCAUUACAACCAUGCACUGAUCCUGGUCCCUCCCAACAGCCUCAUCCUGUUGCAGGGUAAGGCAGCUUUCAGCAGAAUUCACACCCUGCUGGGUUGUAGAAAGGAAGACAGGCUCUAUCCAAGUGGCCAAAUCCAUGAGAGGUGCUACUGCUGUCACUUGCAAGCAGAUGCUGGAAGAAGAGUGGUUAGUGGUGCCUUCUUUUUACAUACCUGCUGUCCACGUGGACUAUGCAGUGGCCAAGCAUUGCUUGAGAGGAUUAAAUCCAGCAGGCUCCCUCUGAUGCAGCAGACUCCUCUUUGCUCUAAAACCUUUUAAAUGAUACCUCCUCCCCUGUAUGCUGUGCCAGAAAAGCCCUCAAGCUUUAUAGAGAGAAAAGCAAGAGUGAAGUACACUGGAGGGUGAAGCAAUGGUAACAUGUCACUCUUGUAGGUUAAGGCUCUUUUAACAGUGACCCUCUAUUUUGUAUCAACUGAUUUCUGUCAGAUACAAAUGGAACCUCUAUUUGAGUGCUCACAAGCUGAGGCUCCAAAGGCCUGAUAAAAUAGCGUAGAGGCUGUUCUCAGUUAAUGGGAGGAAAAGUGUGUGAUGGUGAUACACAGCAUAGUAUAGGCAGGGAAGGACAGGAGUUUGAGCUCUCGUUUGUAAAACCAAAAUGGUCUUCAGCACAGCCUAUGUCCAGUGUGGAGUUUGAAUGUCUAAGAUAGCUCAAGUACUUGUUUUAGCACCCAGAGUGGCCUUAAGUGCAGGCAUUGUGGUAGAAAAGUCCAGUGCAUACAGAACCCUCUUUUUCCCCAGGCUAAAAGUGACCCAACUUACAAAGCAGUUGAGGGCAGAGCGUGUGCUGCUUUUUGGCCCUGUUGGUUUUGUGAAGAUAAGCAGGCGGUCAGUGUAAAGGUGAGCUAAUGUAGGGAGGGGAGGAGGCACAUCUCCUUUUCUAACUACCCAAGCCCCCAAAGCCUUCUUUUUAUGCAAAGAAGCUGCGUGUGUGUCUGUGUGCACACAGAGACACACACGUGCCUGUUACAGCUUCAUGCCAGGUUGGUUCUGGACAGCUGUUUGUGAGGAACAAACGUGUGUUCACCUCAGUUGCCUAAUUAUGCUGCAAGGUGGUCUGAGCAUGCAUGUUAAAUGGUCCACAAACAAGUUGUGCUUCUUUACAAGCUUGCUGGAGCAGUCAUCUCACGUCUUCAAUUCAUUAUCCAAAUGUUUGUAUUAGUUUCCUGUUGUGAAUUUGUUUGUUUGGGUUUUUUUUUUUGCUAGCUUACUGAUUUUUCCUGGCCUGAUACUUGACAUAAAAGACCUCAACCUGUGUGCUUAGUGUCUUUUGGUACCAAUUGUUUUUCUUUAUAAAACUACAGUUAAAAUUGUCUCUUUUUUUUCUCUUUAAAGCUGUAUUUUUUUUGUUGUUUAAAGGUACCAAAAAUGUGUAAAUAAAAUAUUCCACUUAGGCAGCUGGUGGAAUAAAAAAGAAUGUUUAGGCUACUAUGCUCUGAGGGAAAAAUUGGUACUCUAUUUAACAGGGAUUGUCUUUUCUAAGGAAAUUUCCAACGCUUUUACAUUUCAUUUCUAAGAUGUGUAUAGAUGCUGCAGAUGGUUUUUAUGUUUUAUAUAUAUAGCAUGGGAGGAGGGGGUUAAAAAUACUAUGCCUUUGUAAUAAACAAAACCUGUCUGAAGAUCUGUUUGCCAAACUGACUCAAAAAAACCUUUCACACAGUUGACACAGGGGAGCUAGGCAAGCAGAGGCUGAGAUGAGCACGGGCCAGGAGAUGGGAAUUAUUCACCUUGCUCAGGAAAGGCAGAUGCAGUUCUGCUGCUGUGUUUGCAGAGGCCUUGCCUGCUGUGGAAUCUAAGCAAGCACUCUGUGUGUAUGCAUUCAAGUGUGCCUGUGUAUGGUGUUUCUUUCUCUUUAAGCAGUUUCUUUACUUUUGAAAGACAGGUACUAACUGUUAAUUAUAACAUUUUCUCCCCUCCGCACAGUUGCCAUAUCAGAAGUCAGUAGGGACUGCUCUGAACACCUAUCUUUAACUUCUGUGUACAGAAUACUGACAUUCAAGUAUGUGUAUAUGUGUGUGUGUAUAUAUGUACACAUUUAGCCAAGUUGAAUUUCUGUUCACCAUUUUAAAAAAGAUACUGUUAAGCUCACGGUUGUGUUGCAAGAGUAGAAAAGCUAUCAAGCAGCUUAUCAUUUUUUGUCUGUUUCUAGAAAACAUGCACUAUUGUGGCAGUUGUUAUCAUGACUUUUGUACUACUACAUUGUAAACCACACAGGGUGAAACAGAGCAUGCAGGUUGGGAUGGUCAGUGUGUGCCUCCAGUGUCAUCAGUUCCUGUGAGCAAGAGCUUACUGUGGAUGUGGAGAUCACGGUAGUACACCACCACCAUUUUCUACUGUGCAAGAAAGAAAUCUCUUUCAUUCCAGAAAUGCAUUGAGAAAUGUGUUUGUGUGUGUGUGUGUACCCAGGCCUGUACUUACCUGCAAUACCACUUUGAUAUUACCUGCCUUGUAUUUUUAAUUAAGACGCAGCAAGUGAGGUGAAGGUUUCGGCUUACUCUCAGCUGCAAACAACAUUAAAAACCAAAAGAUUUCUAACCUAUGUUUAAGCAAAGGAUGAAAUCUUAACAUUUGCCUCUAACAUUAAGAGACAGAAAUUGGUACCUCAUAUUGCUCUAGGCAGUAGAUUUCUAAUGCCGUUGCUGUGGUUUAGAGUUCACCCUUUCAACUGAAACUAAAACCUUUGUGCCUGAUAAUGAUUUACUAAGUAAAGUAGCAGUGCCAGGAAGCUUAUAAAAUCCUGAUGCUGAGUUGUGAAUGUGAAGUAAACUAGACUAAAUAAAAGUUCUUACCUUUCCACAGUGAACUUCAGCUGGUUUUCUUUCACUUAUUCCAACAAAAAAACAGUGGAAGUGUGUAUUUGGUUUUGCUGUAGAAAGAUGAUUAAUAAAAAAAGUGCACAUGGUAUUA